AGACUUCACUUCACUCACUUCACUUGGUAUAACCACCAAGAAAACUGUAACACACACACACACACACACUCACACACACACGUGUAUAUAUGUUUUAGAACAUUUGAAGCAAUACUCCAGCUUUGCCGUUUGUUUAUCACUGUAUUAGAAGUUUAAGAAGAAAUUGGAAAUUGUUAAUUCUGUUUUGUUUAACGAUUUACUUUACGAUGAAUGUAUCUGUUAAAGAAGAUAUGUGUUAAUGUGUUUGAUGUUAAUAAGUGGGCUGGACGUUCAUGUGCUUGAAGGAAGGAACGUGCAAAACAUGUAUGAUUUCUUCAGUGUCUCUAUGAGAGACAACAGCGAUAUUUCAAGGAACAAACCACCACAGCAACCAAGACGAUAUGAUGCAUGGAGAGACUUUGCACGAGGUCUCCAAUAUCAGCUAUGAUUAUGACUACACAUAUGAUUAUCCUUUGGUUACAUUAGAGGAGGAGAAUUUUUCGUUUAGGAUAAUCAACGCCAUUUGCUACAGUCUUAUCAUCUGCAUCAGUCUACCCGGAAACAGCUUUUUGCUUUGGGUGGUCUUGAAGAAAGUGGGUUUGAGCAGCUCUGCUGACUUCUUGCUCCUCCAUCUGACAGUGUCCGACCUCAUCUUCACCUUCACGCUGGUUCCCUGGACCGUUAAUCACAUUUGGGGAUGGAUUUUUGGAAAUCUGGCCUGCAAGCUGUUCACCUGGGGCAUCUUUUUGGGCCUGUACAGCUACAUGAUGUUCCUCACAGUCAUGACAGUCCAUCGAUAUGUGGCGGUGGUGUAUCCUGUGUUCGCUUCAUCUGUAGGGAAUCGUAGCAGACUUUACACACACAUCUCGUCUGCUGUGGCGUGGUUGAUCUCUGUAGGCUUCAGUCUGCCUGAAAUGAUCUUCUCUGAAACUAUGGAUGGUCCUGAUGGUGUAUUUUGCAUUCCCAACUAUAACUCAAUGUUUAUGGAGUUGUUUGGAUACUUCUCUCAGAUAAUUCUCUUUUUCCUGUUGCCAUUCCUGGUUAUAGUGUUCUGCCACACACGGAUGGGAUUUGCUAUCCUUCAGAGUCGCAUCCGAAGCAGAAAUCACGCCAUAUGCAUCAUCUUAAGCAUCGCCGUGGGAUUCUUCAUCUGCUGGGCACCGUAUAACAUCUUCCUCUUCCUUUUGUCCUUGAGGUCUUUAGAUGUUUUUACAUUGAGGGAAAGUGUUUGGGAGAUCAUCUACUGCUUCACUCACAUUCUAGCAUAUUCCCACUGCUGUCUGAAUCCACUCGUCCACAUCUUCGGAGGGAAGAAGUUCAGGAAUAACCUGCCAUGGAGCAGAGGUUUCCAUCGGCUCUCGCAGAGGUUCAGCACGCAAACAUUCAGCAAUCUGAGCAGCUUCUCGGGCCAGUUUCAUCUCUGAUUAUGUCAAAGUUCAAGUGUCAUGACGUCAUUUUGUGGCAGCUCUAAAGUGAGUUUUUAUUAUUCAUCAAUAGUUUUUAUUAAUCAACAAUAAAAAAAAAACAAAAAAAAAAAACAUCCAAGAGUGAAAGGAGAAAAGACAGAAAACCAUGAGGUUCUGUUUUAUGGUUCUUCCUGUCACAUGAUAACAAUGGUUUUAUGAAUGUUUAUUUCUGAUGGUUUAACAAUGGUUUAAUGGUUGUUUCUUAAUGUAAAAAAAAAAAAAAAAAAAAAAAAAAAAAAAUUACCAAGUAAAAGGUAAUACAAAUAUUUUUGUACCACUCAGACUUCUUAAUAAUUAUUUUUACAAAUAUUUUUCUUACAAAUAUCAUCAUCAGUAAUAUCAGAAAGUUUUUGGGGUUAUUGCAUUUGACAGUCUGAAUUAUCUUUAUAUGUCAUAAAGUCAAAAUAUAUAGGCCUAUACAAAUAUAUUGAGUAAAAACCUUGAGACACAGCCUUUUUAUUAUUAUAAAAAAAAUUCAUACCUAAUGUCUUCCUAAUGUCUUUCUUUUUUUAAAGAAUCUAAGGAAUUUCUAGAACCAAACUACAUAUUUAGCCAUUAAACAUAUUUAGCCCCCAAACUAUCAAAUUGCUUAGAUUUAAAUAACUGAAAACGUGUUUAUCAUAAAAGUGUACUGAAGUAAUUGUCUGUAUGAAUGUAUUGAAUGUAUUUUUACAUAACUUAAUAAAUCUAGAAAAUGUUUUUAAAAA